UUAUGGAUAUGAAUUUUCCGUUCAGAAAACAUCACACACAAGGAGAACAACGGUAUAAAGGACAGGUUUUGAGUGCAGAGCAACAGAAAAGAGAGCAAGCAGCAAAGUUCAGCCUCUGUUAAGAGUUCAUUACUUCUUAUUUGCGGAAAAAUUAGUCGCAUUUCUUGGAAAUGUUUAAGCACAACGUAACGGUGAAAAGUACUCCCUUCCUUCUUUCUCUUAAUUGUAUGACCCCUGAACAGGAACCUAGUUGCUGGACAUGUGCUGUAAGCAGGAAGGUUAGCGAGAACAAAUCAAACAUGCCUCUUCUGCUGCACUCAACAGCAGCACAACUGAAAGGGACAUAGAGCACAUCUGGAGGGGCAGGGCUGCGGGUGUCCCACUGGCAGUGGCAUUUGCACUGGCUCCAUGUGAGUGCUCAAAGAGAAAGUCAGAUAGCCACUUGCUGGGAGGCACCUGCCUAGAAGACCACUCAGCGUUCAGGUAAGGCAAAUGUGUUAGUACUGUGAGGAAGGAAUUGGCAAGGAGCCCUCUCUCCUCAAACAAACAAGGACUUCAGAGCCUUGCAAAUCAGGUCUUAAAAUGAAGAAGUAGGAGGAUCUCUCAAUUCACCAAAAGCCCAUUUUUGUGAGUAGAAAUGGUAAGAGAGGCAAGAAAGUAUUUCUUUUUGGACAGGUUCACAAUGCAAUGGAACAGCAUACAUACUUUGUAUAGAUCAGAUGGGUGAAUCAACAGGGAUCAUUGAUUCCUUCUUACAGCUUAGGGGAUAUUUCUUACCCUCAAUGUGAAGGAAGGAGGUAGAAAAUCCUAUCGUUAAUUCUAACCAGCAAGCUUUGUCCUUGUCUUCUGGUGAAGGGGCAGAAAGUUUUCCCAUUAAUAGAUUAUCUUCAUAUAAAACUACUCUGAGAGAUCAUUUCAGUCUUGAUGCAAGACAGGGUUUGGGGCCAGCAGAAGGCCCAAGACUCUCCCAGCUAACCACCUGAGUUUUGCUGUCAGCUUUAACCGGCAACAAAGAAGGAAGAACCAUGGCUGUUGAGCAUGGAUUUGAGGAAGAACUGCCAGUGAUACAGAGAGUGGUUGCCUGACACAAGAUCAUGCUUACAUGCAAAGGUGUAAAGAUGAGAGAGCUCAUCAGUCAUCUUCUGGCUUCAAGCUUUGUUUGGGGGGUUGGAACUAUUCGAGAUGAAGAGCAUCCCAAUGCAGACCCUACAGUGUUGUAAUGACUACAUAUUGCUUACAACUUGCACAUGGAUGGAAUGUUCAGAGGCUCAUCAAUUCCCAAAUGUGACUCUAAACUUUAACAACAGCAAUGGAACGAACAGAGAAAUGACCUGCAGGCCCCACAAAGGUGAAAACCACGAUGACUGCCAGAACUUCACAGUGCACUGGGUGUGUCACAUCCCUGGGUAUGAUCCAAGAAACUAGAGCUUCAAAUUUGACCUGACACUACACGCAGAGCUAAAUGUCUACUUGUUUCAGAAUGGCACUGUUUGAUUUUUCUGGAACCAAUAAACUGGAACUCAGCUUCAAGAAGGGAGACUUGAUCUAUCUACUGAGCAGAGUAAACAAAGACUGGUUGGAGGGAACAGCUGGUGGUGUCACUGGGAUUUUCCCAUGUGCUUUUGUGAAGAUCAUAAAAGAUUUACCACAGCAGGCAGACACGGUUAAUAAAGUUCGCUGUUACUACCACGAGGAGGCUGUGAGCACUAUCAGGGAUAUCUCAGUGGAAGAGGAUCUGAGCAGCAUUCCGUCAUUCAAAGAGCUCACGGAGUUGAUGAGAGGCUCUGCAACAAGCAGAACAAGAGAGUAACCAGUGGGCAAUGAAAACAAUUAUCCUCUGAAUUAGGAACAAACUUGUGUGCGAAGGACAGUAGGAUCAUGAAGGAGAAGUUCAUCCUUCUGCUGAAUCUGUAUUUGGUCUUCCGUGUCCAAGCCAUUCGAGAGAGUACCUCUAUGAAGAGCCUGAGCUGCUACAAUGACUACAACUCACAGGUGACCUGCACAUGGAUGGAGCAUUCAGAAGCUCAUGCCCUCGUUGGUAUGAGUCUUUACCGAAGGGAUAAUGCUACAAUGGAGAACAAGAAGAUGCUUUGCAAACGCCAGACAGAAAAUGACUUACAUGGGGCUCCAGACUCCUAUGUGCACUGGCUUUGUCACACCACUACAGAGAGUCUUGACAUGGGGGUAGAUUAUAUUUACAGCUUCAAACCUAACAAGACACUUCAAGCAGAACUAAAUGUUGAUCUUUUUCAAAAUGUUCAGACCCUCCCACCUAAAAACCUCUCAGUUCAGACCCUCCCAACUCAAAAUCUCUCAGUACAGACCCUCCCAGGGAAGCAGCCGCGCUGCAGGUGGAUGCCUAUUUCUCUUUUCUCUCUUUCAGUUCUGCCACCAGUGGUUCUCCCGGCAAUGUUCCCAGCUCUCAUCAUCACUUUCCUAAUAGUUGCUUAUUGCAGCUACAAGUAUUUCCUCAGGAAGAAGCAAAUGUGGGAGGAAAAGAUUCCAAACCCCGGCAAGAGUCUUCUGAUCCAGAGCUACCUGGGGGAAGCUGCCAGCCAACGGCCAGCCAUCCUGGUGGGCUUCAGUGAGCAGAACACUUCUGAGGAGGUGGAGCAGAUUAACCCCCUUAAAGUGCUGAAUGGGAUGACUCAGAGUCCAGCAGAGGUACAUGGAACUGAGGCAAAGAAAGGGCAGUUUUCCCCCGCUACACUGGCUCCACAGAACUCCUGUCAGACUUCUGAAGCACCACAUAAAACUUCACUUCUGCUGUCCAUGCCUGUCUACCCAUUGGAUGAGACUGCUGGUCCACCCUGCCUGUUUGCCAGACUUCCAGGCAAGAGUGCUGCUUCCCAGAGAGCAAUCCCUUGCUUUGCUUUCAACGGUCCUUACUUGUACAGCCCAGUGAUGUCGUCCCAGCCUGAUAUGCAUCAGACCCUGGAAGCGGACCCAGUGGGAGUCCGUGAGAAAUCAGUUUCCCUUCAGCACGUGACCCUCCCAAAAGAAGACUGUCCUCUGGCUCCACAGAGGCAAGAACAGCCAGGAACAGGUCCUCCACAGCCCUUCCUGCUCCCAGAGCAGAAGGAAAUGAUGCAGCACCUCAACAAUGAGCAAGAAGUCUCACCAGCCCCACCAGCGACCCCCCCCCCCCCGCCACUUGUCCCUGCUGGGGAUGUACCUUGUGACUCACAGGAGCCCCAGCCCCCCAGUGACCACCCUUGCCAUGAGUUUUGUCCUGGGAAAACCGCUGUCAUGGUCCCAGUUGCAGAUCAAGCACCAACCUCUCCUCCUGAAUUGCACCUGGAUACAUCUGGAGACCCUUUAGGUCUCCAUGGACAUUCAGAACCCACAAAAAUGUCCUUACAUGUUUUUUGAAAUGGAGUAUUUUUUUCCCGAAGAACCUGUGUUGGAGAACUAUGUUAGUCAUAUUUAAUCCUGGCAGCACCAUAACGAUUUUCUUCCAUUAUGGGCAAUUGCUACCCUGACCCCAAACUAAAACCCAGUAAGAAGGUGCAGGUGAGUCAGGAAGAUCCCCAAGUGUUUAUGUGGCAAGGUUUUGGUAGCAGGAAGGCUACAGGGGUGGCUUCUGUGAGAAGAUGACAGAACCUUCCCCUGUGUCUGAUAGAGCGAGUUCCAGCUGGCUCCAAGAUGGAUCCACUGCUGGUCAAAGCUGAGCACAUCUGAUGUUGGUAGCAACUCUGUGAUAACAUAUUUAAGAAAGGAUAAAAACUGCUGUGCAACAGCAUCUGGGAGACAGGAGUGAAUAUGAGAGAGAAAUGACGCUGCAGACACCAAGGUCAGUGAAGGAGGAGGAGGUGCUCCAGGCACUGGAGCAGAGAUUCC